AUGUCCUCUACCACCAUCCCUCCUCCACCUCCCCCUCCAAUAGAACAAAUAAAUCCAUUUAAUAAUUCACAACAACAAGACCCCCACCCCCACCACCCCCACAACCACCAUCACCAACAACUUUCUCCCUUACUUUCUUCUUCCUCAUUUUCCUCUUCAUCUUCCCCAAAUUCUUCAACAGAACAGCAACAAACAGAGGAUCCAAUAAUGACUAAUUCAACUAUAUCUUCUGUUAUUUCCCCCUCCUCUACUACUUCUGCCUCGGCUUCUUCCUCUGCUGGAGGGUCUAAAUGUUCAGUAACCACAAAUCCUGCUAGGAGAGCACCGGAUAUGCAAAUGGGAAAAUGUCCAUGGGUGCGUGUUUAUGACAAUGUAACAUACAUUGUCGCGGCGAUAGCUCUUCGUGAAGGCAAAGAAGGCAGAGAAGUUUUACUUAUGCGCGAAGCAAAAGAAAAAUGCCGUGGAAAGUGGUAUAUACCUGCUGGACAUGUUGAACCUGGGGAGACUAUUGAAGAUGCAGUAAAGAGAGAAUUGCGUGAAGAGACGGGCUUAGAAUGUGAAGUACAAAGCUUGCUGUGUUGUGAAGUUAGAGGAUCGGGGUGGUAUAGACUUGCAUUUGCUGUUAACCCGACAACUGAUAAUUUAAAGAAGGAACCGGAUCAAGAAUCGUUGGGUGCAGGUUGGCAUCCACUUGCUCUAAUUAGACGAAAGCCCUGUCCUCUACAAUUACGUUGUCGGGAUUUUUUUGAAAUACUUCACCAGGCCGAGCGUUUUUACAAUUGGAGAGUGUCCUCCCUUCCAAAAACAAUUUCUUCUUGGUCCCCAAUUUUGUGUAAAGACGAGGCGCAACCUGGGCUUUUUGCUGAAUUUGUUAUUGUGAGGGAUGUUAGACAACCAAAGGAAAUGGCUGCCAACUGUCCACAAUUGACUAAACUUCCUCAACAUUCUCCUCGUUCCCUUGAGUGUUUAGUUCACAAAUGCAUUAAGGACCAACGACAAUUACUGGAUGAAUUGAGUUUGCCGGAUGCUUUUCCUGCGGUUGAAUUUGGCUUUGAAUUCUUCCUACCCUCAGUACUCUCCAAAGUCUAUCGACACGUUUUGACCGAUGGACAUUCUGUUUUAGAAUUGCCUGAGGCGGUAACGGCCAUUUGGUGUUUACCCUCUCCACAGUCUUCCGUCCGGCAUGGAAUUCGUCUUCGUUUAAUUUGUAGACACAGAAAGUCUGCAAUGAGGGCACAAAUAAAUGCUCCCCAACGUUAUCAUUGGCUGGAGUUGAAUAGUGUUGAUGUGCUAGCCUCUUUGUAUUUAUUGGAUGACCAGUUUAGACCGAGACUUUUCCUACUCUAA